AUGACCUCUGAUAGCGCCGGAGGCGUCAGCCGCCCAGUAUUCUGGGCCUUGACGUCGGGGUCCGGAUGGGAAUCUGUAAUGCCCGCUCGUUGGCUGCUGCUGCUGCACUAUAAAGCCAACCACUCGACGCUCAGGGACCCAACCAAACGGAAACACACCCGCCUGGGGCACCUCGCCUGCAUGUACGGGCCACGAAGACAAGUGCCGCGUCUGGAAGCUUCAGAAGCGAUAAAAGGCGAGGCCACGGCGCUGCACAUCGGCGGCGGCGUUGGCUACGAGGGGAAAUCAUCCGGGUGCUGGGCUGGAGAAGGCGGAGCGCACCAACGCGACAUCUUUCAACAAGAGCCCAGACACCCCUGGCAGCUGGCGCCGCGCUCCGUCAACCCCCAAAAAGCCCUGAUAUUCAAGCCUCCAGACCCUGACCCAAACACAUCAGUCAGCGGGACACGGGUGCCAUGUGACUCGGGCAGGAAUCUGCGUAGGGAGGGCUACACGAUGCAGGUGAACGUCAACGACUACCUGGACAUCUACUGCCCUCAUUACAACGACAGCCAGCGCAUGGUGGGCACCGGCGAGCAGUACAUCCUCUACAUGGUCAGUUACCGCGGUUACAGGAACUGCGACCCCCAGCUGGGCUUCAAGAGGUGGGAGUGCAACCGGCCCCACGCCCCCCACGCACCCAUCAAGUUCUCCGAGAAGUUCCAGCGCUACAGUGCCUUCUCGCUGGGAUACGAGUUCCACGUUGGACAGGAGUACUACUACAUCUCCACGCCCACCCACCAUCACGGCCGCAGCUGUCUGAGACUACGAGUGUACGUCUGCUGCUCCACGGCCUCUGACGUGGAUGAUGAGCCAGAGCCUACAGAACCAGACUACACGCUUAGACCAGGCCUAAAACUGGAAGAUAGUGAUGAAUAUAACCCUUUCAUUCCCAAACUGGAGAAGAGUGUCAGCGGAAGCAGCCCGUCCAGGGAUCGCCUUCUCCUCACCGUGACGAUGCUCCUUCUGGCCGCUCUCUUCAUCUCCUAGCAACGGCCAUCCCAUCAGUGUCACCAUGCCAACUAGCCUUGGGAGGGUGUACAGUAUCAGCGGGUGGGGGAGUCGAGGGAGGAGGGGGGAGUCAGGAGAGAGAGGAGAGUUAAGAUACCACAAAUAGAGCAGAAGGCGAGAGGAGCAAGAAAUUAGAGUUUUCAAGCAUCAGUGUGAAUGUGUAUGUGUGUGUAUGUGUGUGUGUUCAGCUGUGUGUGGUUUUCGUGGAGUUGAAAGACCUUGAGGCACUCGGUGACACAAACUGAACCGUAUGUUUUAAAGUCAGCCUGUGCAUACAGAUGCAGGUGUGGUUGAGUGUGUGUUUGUGUGAGUGUGUGUUUGUGUGUGUGUGUCCAUGUGUGUCUGUGUGUGUCUGAACAAGCCACAGGUUGAGCUUGUUGAAUCAUGCACACCACACAAAGCAUUUAUACACCAGGAGAGGCCGGGCUGAAAUCCUAGUAAAAAAAAAGCAUCAAAUCCACCCAACCAAUUGAAAACCAUUUGAAGACUUUCCCCUGGAUGUGAUUGGCUGAAACACUUCCUUAGAGCUAGUUGCCAUAGUUUCUUGCAACAAGAAUUAAACUGAACUCAAAUGAACUGAAUCAGAUAGAUUUAAUGAAAACUGAACUGAAAUUGCCUUUUUUGUUGUUGUUGUUGAUGUUGAUGCUGGAGACUUUUCCCAGUCCACGAAAGAAAAAAGGAACCAGCUGAUGAACUGAGCAGGUCCUGUGUAGGAGACUAGUCGAAGUAGCUGAUAGUUCAUAAACACACCCUGGGACUCCAGACGCCAGUGUUUUAGUUUUCAUCUCUGGUGUCUGCCGUGUCAUCCUGUGUUCACCAUCAGCUCGUCUCUAUGGAAGGGGCUGGACGGGGUCCUGGGGAAACACAGAGCAUUUAAACAAUGAAGCAUUCACUCAAACAAAACAAAAAGGGAUUUAUUGUAGAUGUGCCAUUGACACGGGGGGUUUGUUGAUGUUUUAAGUUGCUGUGUUACUUUUCUGUCCUGUAUUUGAAGUACCGAGGUUAAGGAAGAACACGAUGGCUACAGAGCAGCCAUGGAAACACGCAGCAAUACUGCCCUCCUCUCAACACACUGCAGGCUGUUUUGAGGAGAGCAAGAGGAACAGGAACAAAGGAGGAAGGACAGUCCUCACACAGGCGUCUAUGAGUGGGUCCAGUCCUGGACAAUAAGCAGCCCUCCACUGAUCAAUGUGGCGCAGCAGCCCGCUCCACCAAUGCCAUCUCUGUAAACACAUUCAUCAGAUGCCACAUGUAAACAGUUUUCUGUUACUGUUUGAUUGUUACGUGUGCCUGAAAGAGAAAACAUAUGUCUGAGUGUGCCACAUGUGUGUUUGAGAUUGAGAGAGACUAUUUUAAAUGGUACUAACGGUCAGAAAAUACAUCCACAUUAUGUACAUCUUAUACGUAUGAAAAUGCAAAAAUAAAAUAAAAAUAAAAACACAAACUAAAGCAACAAGUAAUAUACAGUACAUAAAACCAAGUGCUUUGGUGGGGAGCUGCGGCGAUUCAAAACUCAAACAACUGUACCAGUCGGUUGCUUCAGAAUAGUUUCCAUAGCAACUAGCCCCUUAUUCACCAUGGUUACCCCACCCUGCCAACGAUGGACUCUAGUAGGGCAUGGCUUACCAUAGUAGCUGAUAAAAACGAUGAUGAUGGUGAAGAUGAUUUUAGUGAUGAUGAAGACCUUGAUGGACUGUGAGCUGACCGGCUCACCCACCGGCAUGUGAGGCGUUUAAGUACGCGUGUAAAUGUCAUAACGGACAAAGAAUGGAA